GGCUCGGCACGGCACGGCACGGCGCGGCGCAGCGCAGCAUGGAGAGCGCUCGGGACUACGCCGGCGCCCUGGUGCGAUCUCUGGUAUCCAUGGGAACAUCUGUGGGGUCAGUGACGAGACAGACCCUGUUCCCUCCUCUCACACCUGCAGCCCGACCCUUCCGUGUAUCAAAUCAUGACCGCAGCAGUCGGAAAGGAGUUGUUGCAAGCAGUCUGCAGGAGCUUAUUAGCAAGGCCCUAGAUGCUUUGCUGAUUACUGCUGGACUGAUUACUCUAGUUUUGGAGGAAGAUGGCACAGUUGUGGAUACUGAAGAGUUCUUUCAAUCCUUGGGAGAUAAUACGCACUUCAUUCUUCUAGAAAAAGGACAGAAGUGGACACAAGGAGAAAAUUAUAUCCUCACUGUACAGCAGACUAAGAAAAUGGGGGUAGCCAACAUUACUCUGGACUUGUACAAGCUGAAUCCAAAGGACUUUAUUGGCUGUCUAAACAUUAGAGCUACUUUCUAUGAAAUCUACUCUGUGUCAUAUGACAUCAAAUGUAUGGGAGCCAAGACUGUGCUGCGGAGAAUGCUUCGGUUUGUGUCCCAUGUGGCACAAAUAACUGGGCAGUUUCUUCUCUACACUGGAUCUUAUGUGUUGCAGCUGAUGGGUGAAUAUGAGGAAGAUGGCAUGUGUACAAACUCAAAGCACUAACAAGCCGUCUCACUUCAGUAUCAGUUGCACCUUUUCACACCAAAUGUUCUCCUGUCCAAUUCUAAAGAUGGCUUCAUGAUCUUAAAUUAAGUAGAUGAGAAGUUCACUUUAGUGGACAAACAUGAAUCUAACCUUUGUCCUUUGGCACACUUGCAGAUCUUUUACUUGUAAGAUAAUGAUGUGACAAUUGUAAAUAUGAGCGGAGUCUUUUUAAUGUGGUGAAUAGAAAGAGGUCUAAUGCCUGGGAAUUGUGGAAGGAACUUCUGUCCCCUACACAGAUAUCCAAAAUGAAGAAAAGGUAUAUAUAGAAGCAUGGAGUCUUUUUGUACCAAGUGGUAGAUAACCCUGCAUGGAUCAAGACUUUUUUGUCUUUAGUAAACAACAAUGUUGCACCUUCUGAAUGAAUUUGCUGUGACUUGAGUUUCUUUUAUGUCCUCAAUACUGUUCACAAGUGUUCACCCUCUUGGUACUCAAAUUCCCAGUUAAAUUGUAGCUGUUUGACUCUGUAUAAAUGUAAAUAAAUAACUUGGUUUUUUUCAGUACCAUAGGAUCUGGUGCAGUGAGCUCUUUAAACUAAACUAAUUAUUUUAAUCAGAUAAUUAGGUAGCUUUAAGGCUGGCAUACAGAUUUUUGCAUUACAGUGCUAAUAUGUAUAACCAUUGCCCUGUAAGCAUACUGAAACUAUGUCCUUGUAAGUACAGCUACACAGGUUGAUGCACUGCUAAUUGUAUGGGCUUCUAAAAUGUGAGUUAAAGCAGCACAAACUGUCAAGAUUUACAUCUUGAUCACUUAACUUGCAUUUCUCUUAAAUGUAAGUGUGGGGUGCAUUUACAAUUUCCUAUCCUGCAUUGAAUAAACUGGCUUAAUGUCUCAUGCCUAGAAUGCUUACAAGCUUCCUUUCUCUAAAACAAUGAGAUUCAUAAGUCUCAACUGAAAUUGCAGUUUGUCCCAUCUGUUAAGGCACCCUCAAAGGCACAUUUACAAUUCCUAAAUUUCAUAUUUGGGCACAUUUCUUGAGAACUGGACUUGCAGAACAUCCACUCUAAAUACAGCUAGAAGCUACACAUACUGAAGAUGCUUGUAACAGUUAUGUAUAUAAUUACCAUAGGAAGCAACAAACUAGCCCUUAAAGCUAUUAGAUUCCUUAAAUUGUAAUCAUCUGUGAUAGCAAACUGUUAAGACAAAUUCUAGAAGAUGUACCUCUAGCAGUUGUCCUUGCUAAUAGCCUCGUCAAGAGCUGCUACAAGUUCCAAUAUUCAGUCUUUAAGAAUGCACAUCAGCCACCAUACAAGCACACACGGACUCAUGGAAAGAAUCAGUCCCAUGAGAUCCAGUAACUAAUUACUAGUUGGCCUGCCAUGUGAAAUACUAUGUUGGUAUUAAUGGUCUCAGUAAGACCCUGACACUCUGCUGUUCCUA